AACCUUGACUGGCUUUUGAAGACAAAUUGCCCAGUUACCCUCCUUAGGUGAGUUACUGCUGAAAGUUACCAUGGCUGCUGUUUCUCCUCCCUGGGCAUCUGCGAGAGUCCUUUCCCUGAGAGCCAAUCUCUUAUCAGCUGGGUCUUUCAGACUGGAAUGGCAAAAGAACAGUAGGAAUACCCUGGGCAGAGGAAAAGAUUUGUCUACAGGAAUCAUAUACCGGAAAAGGAUUGCAACAUGCCAGAAUGUAAUUCCACAGAUUUUAAGGAAGAUCAGUGUCCUAAAAGUGCCUGAGGUUUACUUAGAAGAAGAAUCUUGGCUUAAUAUGCAGGAAAGAAUUAUGUCUAUGAAGACUCGGUGUCUUACUUGGACAGAGUAUGCCAGUCUGAAAGAAGAGUCCAUCUUCAGAGAAAGCUCGGAGAAUCCAAAUUGGACAGAGUUCAUUCAGAAAGGGAGAAUAUCAAUAAAAGGGGCAGGACUGCUGAAUUGCUUCCUGGAAGUUUUUGCACAAACCUUUUUAAAUCAAGGAGUCAAAAAGAGUAUUUCAAUAAUGGAGAAACUUCUACAAGAACAGUGUGGGAGCCCGUUUUUGUAACCGGAAAAACAGGAGAAAUCUCCAUGUGUCUGAAGUUGAACCACAGCAAUAUGUCCUUAUUACCAAACCUGAUUCUUCAUGAAGUUAACUUUAUGGGUUAUUCUAACGCAGGAAGAAAGAAUGGGCAAAAUAAGACAAUGGUCUACAAACUACUUUCAAUAACGUCAUUUAAAAGAGCAUGCUUCAGUAUAAUCACGGAUAAUGGAAGGGUAUUUUGAAAAAUGCAUCUGUGUGUACUUCUGCUAUCUCCAAAGACUUAAGUGUUCACGGAAAAUCAUCAAAAUGAAAAAUAACCCUUUGGUUUUGUGGAGAGACUUAUCAGGCAAGAGGAACAGAAUUUUCCUUUAUUUUAAUAUAUUCACUUUUGCCCAGGACAGAGAAUCUAUUCCAUAGCAGUGCAACUGAAACUGAGAUAUUUUAUUAGCAGGUACUGUGAAUUUAUAUCACAUGAAAACUCCACAAGAAUUCAAGAUUUUAAAUUUUUCUAGUUUCUCGUAUUCUGCAAAAACAUUCUUAAUACAAGUGCUAUUCAUGUAUUUCAAGUUUGCCAGUAUAUUCCUCUAAAGUAGCUUUCUUAGGCCUUAGCUAGACCUAAGGAUUAUCCCAGGCAAAUGGAGGGGUCGUCCCUGCCUACUCCUGGGAUCCCCUGCGUGUCAUUUGGAUGCACAGGGAUGAUCCCGGGACAAUCCCAGGAUAUAGGCCUGGUCUAGCCAUGGCCUGAGUCUGUUAAAGCUUUGAAACUAAGGACCUUUAAAUUUUCUGUCUUAAUACUGAACUCCAGUGGCAACACUUCUUAGAUGGCAACCUUGUUCAGUCUUUCUGUGCUGAUAUGUUUAAUAGGUAGGUUUAAAGUACGCUCAAAAUAUAUUGGCCUCUUAAUUAAAUGGUAGGUUUACUUGAGGGCUCAGGUUCUAGUUUUCUAACAUAAACCUUGUAUGUUCCCCCCCCCCCUUCAUUUUGUGUUCUUAAACCAUUCUGUCUACAUGAACUAUGAAAUUUUAUAGGAAUAUCCUCAUCUAAAAUGAAAGCAAACCAAAGCCAGAUUCUAAAACACUUAGUAGUCCAUAAUAGAGUUUGCCCAGUUGAAUCUAUUGGGGGGAUCAUGCUGCUAAUAAGUAUUUAAAUGUCUCCAUGUACAACAUAAUACUGUUAGCUGAAAUGCCGGGAGGAGUGUUUAUAUCUGUCCAGAGUUGGUAACUCCUCUGCAUUGGGUAGACAUUGUAAAUAUGAUAUGGUCUGUGGAGUGAUACUAAGGGUAAACUCCCAGUGUUAGAAAUAUUUUAGUCUUGGCUAAAUAAAAUUGUGUCCUGGAGUAGUGGAGAGGAUUAUGUUGUUUUGGCAUAAAAUCAUGUCCGUUUCAACCUUGUCACCAGCAGUUUUAUGACUGAGAUUACUGGAGCAGUCUGGAUUAAAUUUAUAUUUACCAGGCACAGCAGUUAUGUCAGGUCACUUUUAAUUCAUUUCCUUCAGCAAUAAGCCAGCCUAACCAGUCAUUUGAACAGCUAUUUGAUGACAGCUGGCUAAUGGGACUGAAAAGUGUGCCAGCUCCCCUGCUGGUUGCAUCCCCUUCCUGUUUUUUCUUGCUAAACAUGUUGAGGGCAGGAAGUGGGAAAGAGGGACACAUCUUUAUAGGCUGUGCUACAGUUGUGGCCUUCCUCCCUUGAUCUACAAGUAUUAAAAUAGAAAGAAGACACGGGAAGAUUCAUGUGUAUUUGAACUCAAAUGAAAACAGGGCUGGGAUACGGGUGUUGCCGCUGAUAGUAUACCUGAAACUAUGGAGAGCAAAUGAAGAACCCACUUCACUUUGAAACAAAAUCACUUCCCCACCCCCCACUCUAUCCAUUACUAUCCAAAAACAAGGCAGAAGCAGCUUUCAUGUGAUUGAGCCCCCAUGGGAAGUUGUUAAGACGUGAAUCACCUUGUUAAACAAUUGUGAAUAAAUUUCAGUAUUGUACCAACA